UUUCAGCUAACAAGACGAGAGAGCUAAAAUAAUUAAGAAUACUCUUGGAAAAUGGGGCGGAGAAAGGUGCCACUCUCAAGAAUAGAAAACCUAAGCACAAGGCAAGUAACCUUUGCGAAACGCCGGAAAGGGCUGUUUAAGAAGACCCAUGAACUUUCUGUUCUGUGUGAUGCCCAGAUUGGCCUCAUCAUCUUCUCAAGCACUGGAAAGCUGUUCCAGUACUGCACUGAGCCAUCCAGCAUGGAGCAUAUCAUAAGAAUGUAUCAGAAUGCAUCAGGGACUCAAAAUCCAGCAAACAAUGACCAGCUGGAAGCCAUUCAUGGGGAAUUGAGAAUGAUGCAAAAAGAAACCCUGAAUCUUCAGUCGAGUUUGCAACGCUUCACUGGUGAGGACUUGAGUUCCAUUAAAUUUGAGGAUUUAGAUGAACUUGAGAAGCAGCUCGAAUGCUCACUCAAUAAGGUUCGAGCAAGGAAGUUUGAGCUCUUACAACAGCAGAUGGAUGAUCUUCAAAUGAAGAAGAAAAUGCUGCAGGACGAAAAUGAUCAAAUAUACCUUCUGAUCAAGGAGAAUGAGGCAGCAUGGGAUCAGCAUCAGCAAGUGGCUAUAGUUCCAAACACUGAGGAGCAUAGAGGUGUACUUGAACAAUUCCCAUUCUCUGGGGAAGAGCAACCCAGUAGUGUCCUUCAGCUGGCGACCAUGCCUUCAGUUUUUAACCCAUACCAUCUCCUGCCUGCUCAACCCAACCUUCAAGAUCUCAGUCUCCAGCAACCCCAACUAUGGUAGUUUAAAACACCAUAAUUAAUCGUCUCUUAAA